AUGCACGCUGGGCAGUUUGGCUUGCUGACAGCAGUGAACGAGGAGUUUUACAAAAGUCAUCCGGCCCUCCGGUGUACACGACGCUAGGUGCAAAACACCGCAAGAAACACCGCGCUAUGGAAGAGUGCAAAGAUACAGUUAGACACAACAUGAUUAACGAAAAUGUUAGAUUUGAAGAUAUAAUAGAAGAACUUGGAAGUGAUGGGAAGUUCCAAAUACAAAUGAACAUUAUCUUCAAUGUCAUCGCAAUAUUCUUUUCAACAAUGUCUUCAUACGCCAAGAUAAUUGCUCUGACGGUACCUGAACACUGGUGCCAUGUUCCAGGAAUAGAAAACACAAAUUUAACUCUGGAAAUGUGGAAGAAUCUUACAAUACCAAGACAAGACGGGAAAUACAGCAGAUGCCUGAUGAAGGCGCCAGAGCAAGAGAACGAAACAAUGUCCUGCAUCUACGGCUGGGACUACGACACCACAUGGUUCUCCAUGACAGCCGCAUCUGAACAGAACUGGGUGUGCGAUAAGGAACUGUACCCGAAUACCGUGUAUUCCGUGAGCCACAUCGUUUCCACCGUCUUUGGGAUACUUCUCUUUUACAUUGGAGACAGAUUUGGACGAAGGAAACAGUUUCUGCUAGGCAUAAGUUCCACGGCGUUGUCACAGACGCUGCUCCCCGUAUCAGCGUCCGUGUUUCCUCUGUACAUUGCCCUUUCCGCAGCCUCUGAAGGUGCACACUUGCCCAUGUCAGAAGCAACCAUGGCGACAGGAGUCGAGUUGGCCAGUAUCCGUCACCGUUCGUCUGUAAAUUUCUUGUCCUACGUGUCUUACUGCCUUGGUGUGAUUGCCAUGGCAUCAGUGGCUUGGUUUCUCAAAAAUUGGACAUACUUCACUCUGGUUGCAUCUAUUCCUUGUUUCAUUCCAGUACUGCUUCAUAGGUAUCUGCCUGAGUCACCGCGAUGGCUGAUAAAUAAAGGGCGCACGAAAGAGGCUUUCGAGGUCGUGGAACGUAUAGCGCGCACAAACGGAAAAGCUUUGUCCCCUGACAUCAAGAAGAAAAUUGAGUUUCUUUCUCAGCAAAUAUCAAAGAACAUGGGCAUUAAAACCAUCAUAAGCAACAAGACUCUCCUCAAAAAUACUGUUUUACUUGUGCUGAGCAGGUCAGCUGCUGGAUUUAUUGUAUUCACUCUACUUUUUUCCAACAAAAGUUUCGGCGCGAAUCCUUUUGUUGCAUACUUCGGACAAGGAUCCCUGCAACUGGCUGCUUCAUAUGUGGCUCACGCUGUCGGAAACAGGUUUGGGAGACGGAUAACACACUGUCUCGUACUACUGGCUGCAGGCUGCUUGUGCAUCAUUCUCGUAUGCUUAACCGCAGCAUCUUCAGCCCAGUGGAUCAUAACGACACUGUGCCUGGUACUACUGCUCUGCUGUAACACUUCACAUUCACUCACCAACUUGCAGAGCUUGGAAUUACAUCCAACGAGUUUACGCCAGAUAGGCAUCGCAAUUGAAUACGCCUUUGUUCAAUGUACUAUGAGUGUUCCACCUUAUAUUGCGCACGUGGGAAAAACUUAUGGAAUGUACAUCGUAUUCGGCGUACUAGCGGCUGUGACCCUAAUUAUGUCUGUUUUGAUGUCAUUUGUGCCGGAGUCAUUUAAUGAGAAUCUUCCGGAGACAAACCAAGAUAUUUCACUCUUUGGAAAGAAGCAAAAGUACUGGAGUCUUCCAAGCAGAAAGUCAAAUGAAUCAGAGAACACGACACUGUAGAAUUUUGAUGCCCAGGACAUGAUCUCUGGAAAGUGUUUCGGGGAACUCUGAACGAAAAAUGAUUAAAGAAAUUUUGUGACGAGAGUAAAUUUGUAGAUAAAAUGAGAGCAAUUCGAACUGGAAAUGAUAAUACGACAACGAAUCAAGUGGUAUAAUGGAAAUGUGAUCAGACGAACCAAUUACAUGCACAAAAGAGGUAGAUACAGAUUCAGAACAGGUAGAACACAAACCUGACGAUUCUAGCAGCUUAUACACUGUACACCAUGCAAACCAUGUUAUAUUUAUUAAAGUGUCACACUUUUGUCUCUGA